AUGUUGUAUUUUUGUUUGCAGGAGCGUAUAAGGCGUAUGCAAAGCGUGUUUAACCGUGAAAGAAACAAGUUCAAAAGAGACUACGAGAGCUGGAGGGAAAAUGGGGCAGGUGCAUAUAAUCAACAUUUUCAGCGUGAUGAUUGGUAUUGGAAGACUGAUACAUCUUUUAGGGACCAGAGGGCUAACUUUAGGAGACAUCCAAGAGACAGUGGAAGCUAUCCAUUAUCACAUCAUUACUCAGUUUUGGGACUUGACAGGUCCAGAACAACACCAUAUACUGAAGCUGAGAUUAAGACAGCAUUCAGGACCAAGGCAAAGGAGUUUCACCCAGAUCAGAACCAAGAUAAUAAAGGUUGGAUUUUGUUUUCUAUUACUAACUAUGAUCUUGUAUGCGAUGCUGCAGCUUUGAAGUGGAACUUAAGAGUUGUUUCUCAUGAUUUGUUGCAGAGGCUGAGGCAAAGUUCAAAGAGGUGA